AUGUCGGCCAAGGAAGACGUCCCAUACUACGACAACACCAACCUGCUACAGAAAAAUGAAAACUUCUUCAACUAUUACAUCCAUCAAAAAAUAAUCAACGAAAAUGAAGUGGACGAUUUUAUGGCAGUUAUAAACACAGAAUUACCAAUCACCUUUCGCGUUCUGAACAACAGCAAGUACAGCAAAUUUAUUCACGAAAAUAUUAAAAAGAAAUUGGAGCAUCUUUGCAAGGACAACUAUGCGAUUACGAAGCUGAAUGAAGAGGACCAGAUGUAUGAGAUAUACUUGACGAGGUCCCAAAUUAAGAAAGAUCAAAAUUAUAAAAAUUUGUACAAUUAUUUAAUAAACCUAAAUGAGAGUGGGUACAUAUUUAGACAGGAGCUGGUAAGCAUGCUGCCAGUGUUGUUUCUCAAAUUGAAAGAGAAUUAUUUUGUUCUGGACAUGUGCGCGGCUCCUGGCUCGAAGACGGCUCAGAUUGUGGAUUACAUGCACCUCAUUAGCAAACGGAAUGUGAAAAAUUAUUUGAUUCGGAAGUUCAUUCAGCGGAACUCGUCCCCUUUGCGCGGGUCCCUUGGGGAGGCGAGCGCCAAUUUAAUCGGCGACGAUACCGCGGUUGGCGGCAACGAUGGCGGGGUUAGCGGCGACGAUGGAAGCGUGAGCGGCGAUGAUAACUGCGAAAAUGGCAGUGAUCGCGGCGAAAGUGGCAACCACAGCAGCGGUGAAAAUUCCCCCUCUGCGGAGAAAACCCGGCUGCACGACGCGCUGGACGGCAACCAGUACGACGAUGAGCUGUUCAGGUACAUCCUCAACGCAGACAAUCACUUGUACGGGCACUACAAGAAGCUGAUUUCGAACAGCAACCCCACGGGAGUGGUCGUCGCGAAUGAUGCCAACUUCAAGCGGUGCUGCAUGCUGUUCCAUCGGCUGAAAAAUAUACACAGCAAUUGUCUAGUGGUAACAAACAACAACGCGAUUAACUUUCCCUAUAUUUAUGUCAAAGAUGAGGAGGGAAAUACAAAUGAGAAGAGGUACUUCGACUCCGUUUUGUGUGACGUCCCGUGCAGUGGCGAUGGGACUCUGCGAAAGGACAGAAAUAUCUGGUUAAAUUGGAACCCUUUUAAUGCCUACAAUUUAUUUCAAAUGCAAGUGAGCAUUUUAAAAAGGUCCAUCGAGUUGACCAAGGAAGGUGGGAACAUUGUGUACAGCACAUGUUCGCUAAACCCGAUUGAGAAUGAGGCCGUCAUUUGCGAAGUUUUCAGUUCCUUAGAAAAUAGGAACUGCCUCAAAUUAAUCAAUUUUGGGAACGAACUUAUUGAUAAAUUAAAUUUUAAAGAAGGGCUAACUGAAUGGAAGGUGAUGAUGGACGAUCAGUGGUUUGAUACGUAUGAAGAGUAUUGUACUUAUUUGCAAAAUAAGCGAGAAGGGAAAUAUAAAAAAAUUUACGACAAAAUACAACAUGGGAUGUUUACCCCCGAUGAGGAAUUCAUGAAGGAGAUUAACUUGAAAUACGUGAAGCGAUUUUUUCCUCAUCAUUACAACGCCGGGGGGUUCUUCAUAGCAGUUAUUAAAAAAUGCGGAAAGCUCCAGUGGAAGGAAGAAAAAAAAAAAAAAAAAAAAAUUUACACGAAAUUGAAGAAGGCGGAUAAGGACGAGUACAGGAAAAAGUACAAAUAUAGGAGACAUAAAAAGAAAAGCAAAAAAAAGGAUAAGGAAAAAAAUGGAGACAUUAUUCCCUCCCAUGAGGUAAAUCAAAAUUGCAGUGAACAAAAUGGGAAUGCCGAACCAAUCGAUGGCGUUGUUCACAUUUCUGAUUAUUUUUCUGAACAGGUCAGGCAAAAUGGCCACGCGAAAUUAUCCCACCCAGACAGUAACCUACACAUGAUGAGCAACAACACACAGAGGGGGGACCAAAACGAUGUGGAAGAUAACUACAACGUAAUCGACAUCGACGAUGUGAUGACUAGCUACAAUGUUGUGACGAGCAACGAAGUUACGAAGAAAUACAACCUGAUUGAUAAUGACGAUCUGAGCAAUAAGUACAAUAUGAUAGACAGUGACGACAUGGUGAGGAGUUUCCAGCCCGCUGGAGGACGCGGAGGGGAUGUAAUCAGCCUCAUCAAUAGGCGGAGUGAGGAGGCGCUGCGCAGUUACAUGGGUGGCGAGGUCGGCGAGGUAGGCGGCGCGUCGGAGUGCAAAAUGGGCAGCGAACAGGGAGAGGAAAGUGGCGCAGAAAAGGAGGAAGAAGAACAGGGGGAGAAAAGCGAUCCGCAAAACGAGGCGGAGAAUGAUCUGAAAAAUGAACCGCAACACGAGGCGGACGAGGGAGGGGGCCAGCGGGAGGAACGCAAAAUGACCAAGCAACAAGAGUACGUGAGCCUGGAGUACUACGAACAGCUGCGCCCCACGCACGACCUCCUAAACAGAGUAAAAAAUUAUUUCAACCUGAACGACAACUUUCUGUCCAUAAAAAAUAAUUUAUACAUUCACCUGAAGGAUGACUCGAACUUUUCAAAACUGUCGAUCGACGAGAGGAUCAACGUGAACAUCAAAAAGAUAAAUCUGGUGAGCAAACACACAAAGGAUAUUUUAGAGUGCUACACAAAAGUAAAAUUAAAAAUCAUUAGCGCGGGGAUCACCGUUAUCCAGAUAGACAAGAAUAAAAAGAACGGGGUGGAAAACUACUACCGAAUAAACUACAGUGGGUGCCUGAAUUUCCUGCCCUUCUUUAAAGAGGUUGAUACGUUUUUGCUAGACAGGACAUGCAGGGAGGAGAUUAUCAAAAGUUAUUUUGCUCCUGUUUAUGAGAAUGAGCAGAGGGUGUUUGACUUUGAGGGCUACAUGGACCAGCUGAUCGGCGAGCGGAAGAGCACCAUGUCCAGGGCCGCGGCCAAGGUGAAGGCGAAGGUGGAGGGGGAAGCGGAAGAUAAGGCGGCAGGCGAAGCGGAAGAUAAGGCAGCAGGCGAAGCGGAAGGGGAGGCGACAGGCAAAGCGGAAGAUAAGGCGGCAGGCGAAGCGGAAGAUAAGGCAGAUGUGAAGAAGGAAGGCGAGGCGAAAGAGGUAAAGCAAAACGAACCCAUCGCGGACGACGAAGCGCAGAGUGACGUGAACACCAUUUGGGUGAAGAGCGAUGCCAUCCUGGAUCUCAUAAAAGUAGAUAAGUCAAAAAUAAACAACAUCACGAAAGAGACCAUUAGGCAGACGGCAAAGCUGACGAAACAUUCCCCCAACAUUCUGCUAACCCUCAAUAGGAAUAAGCAAAUUCUGGCCAUCCCCGCAAACAAAGGAAACUUGUUUGUAGACAUUAGCAUCGAUAAGAACUCCAUCAUCAUGCUGCCAUACAUUUUAAACUAG